GUUUGCGCCCGUUGCACGUCUGCCAAAAUAAACACUCACUAAAGUGUAGAGGCAAGUUCAUAAGAAUUUUGCUAGCCUCUGAGGACAGUAUACUCUGGCGGCAGCUGGAACGCCAAGCGACCGGGAGAAUUCGAGUGGUUGAAAACGGCAUUAUGCAUUCACUGACCAGCUUUGUUGUGGUCUUUUCCAUGGUGAUAAUCCUUGCUUCCGCAGCUAACGAAACAGACUGCGUCUUUACUGACCUGGACUUGCAUGGUGCUUUGACAAGUCUUAUCACUCAGCUAUCAAAGCGGGAAGAGUAUGAAAGCAUGACGAGCAUCGGCCCAUCCUCGGAUAUUUUUGAUGUUGAGUGCUGCAGCUUGCGGGGCCUCCGGUGGCUUCGCCAGUAUGGACCACUGCUUCCUUACUGCGUCAAUGGCACACGCAAAUUUCAGGUCGACCUUGUCCACGAUGGUCCCAUUGAGAUGAUAAUGACUUGGUGGUGGCACAGUGACAGCAGAGGAACACUGACACUCGGCACGCUAUUAUCGCGCUUUACCCUGCAAUUUCUCGUUUUGGAACAGCCACUCGGAAAAACAAUCGCCCUUAGGUUGGAAAAUCCUCCCGUUCCUGUGGCCACAGAAAUGACUUACGUUUCGGUUGAAGGUGCUGGGGAAACCGUACAAGCAGUGGUUGCAUUCUGGAACAAACUUCUGCCCUCAGUGACGCAACGUGUCUGGAACGAGUAUUUCUUUGGACAAUUGCGUAAUGCCAUCGAUGACGUUCAACUCGGUUUCUUUCAUUCACAUGAAGAAGACAUUUCACAAGAGGACAGCUUAACUGAGUACCAUGAGCAUACCGGAUUUGAAGCGUGAACUUUAUGAACGGUGUCCUAGAAACGCCAGGGAACGCACGGGGUGCCGCACAUGGCUGCUCACAUAUACGGCAACUUCGCAAUGGUCGGAUAAGCAAUGUGAACAGCCAGCGAAUUUCGGGUUUUGUGUUAGCUUCGAAGCAUGAUCUAUGUCCACCAUUUCUACGGUUGACUGUCAUGACGUGCUUCAGAUAAGCGGCCAGCAGUGCGAAAUUAUCAGGAUAUAAGUAGCUGUUCAUAUUUGUUUCAGUGCAGAGGUCGUGCUAUACUUUACGUAUGUAUGAAAAGAACUAUUCCUGUGCAAUGAAUAUAAAAUGCUGACAAAUAAAGCUUUCUCUAUGCAAAUGAAAAAUAUAGUUGAAGGCUGUAAAUUAGAAUAACCUCUCUCCAUAUGAAGUUUGCAAAAGGAUACACUGCUCAGCAGGACUCACGUAAUUCUUUUAUCAGCGCUUAGAUAUAAAAUAAAUAGAAUGUUUUUUCCUGACUUCUCUAAGCAUACAUGUAACAAUAUUCCACAUGUAAAGAGGGGGGCAUUUUUGCACACGGGCGCUACUUGGCGUAGAGCUGCAUGAUCGGCACGAUUGGUGGACACGAAUGAGGGCAAACUACAUAUUUUCGUAUUCAUGGAAUAUUUGCUAGAACUUCAAACAGCCACAGCUAUAAGCAGGUUGUGUUUACAGGUUCAAAAACCACUUAGGAUUUGAAGUGCACCAUAUCACUCAGCCUGGCAUGUGACUGUUCCUCCCAUUAAUGUCAGGCAGACGGAAUACUUCGUCGGCCUAAACCAGCGCUCUCCGUGCUUGAAAUUUGACCUAGCAUCAAUAUCGUCAGCAUGAAUCGUUUGUUGUUCGAUGAAGCCAUGCCGCAGCUGAGCUGUAGUAACGCCCCGCGCGAUUAUUCCAAUAGCGCAAGCACCAAAGACGGGAGAGGGUCCAACUCUACCACACUGUGAACGCACGCAAAUCUUCGCGCGUGGACACCAUAUCUUGUAUUAGUCACAGGGGACAUGUAGUCGCUCUUGACUUGUAGCGCGUAGAAAACGUGGUGUUUAGAAGCAUCUGAACAAUAAAAAUUAUACAGCAAGCAA